AUGUGGCUCUUGAAUGUCCUUGUAUUUGUCCUAGCAAGGAUUUUUACGUUGCUGUUUAGACUGAUCAAGAUAAUUGUUACACCGUUAGUAUACCUCGUUGUUUGGCUCACAGGGGAUUUUUUUCAGAAGUUCGAUGAGCGUCAUAGGAUUAAAGAGGAUUUCUACAUUAUCCCAUAUUUUUUGAAAUCAGUAUUCCUUUAUGCUUGGUCAGUUAAAAAGCAUAAAUUCCAAACUUGGUAUAUCUUUACAAAACAAGUCGACAAUAACCCAGAUGGACUAUCAAUUCGUUAUACACGUCCUGUGAAGGGUAAACAAGGCGAAUAUGAAUUAGAAUCAUACACUUAUAAACAAACUUAUGAAAUCGUGUUGAGAAUGUCAUAUAUUUUGCGUAACACUUACAAUGUAUCACCAGGUGAUUAUAUUGCUAUCGAUUGCACAAACAAACCAUUAUUCUUGUUUCUAUGGUACUCUGCAUGGAAUAUUGGUGCUGUGCCUGCAUUUUUGAAUUGUAAUAGUGUUGGUGAACCAUUAGUUCAUUCAUUAAGAAUCUCAAACAUCUCACAAGUAUUUAUAGAUCCCGAUGCUGCAACACCAAUCCUAAAUUCAGAAGAAUUGAUAAAAAAUUCUUUACCAAAUGUUAGAUUGAAUUAUUUAGAUGAGGAUUCCUUGUUAGAUAUAAUCAAUGAUCCUAUGUCCCCAGUUUUUUUACAGACUGAAGAUAUUAGAUCUCCUGCUACUGCAAAGGAUUAUGAACCUUCCAUGCUGAUUUAUACUUCGGGAACUACAGGUUUACCAAAAUCUGCAAUUAUGUCCUGGAGGAAAUGUGCUGUGGGAACACAACUGUUUGGGUACGUUUUCCAUAUGAAUACUGAAAGUAUAGUAUUUACAGCCAUGCCAUUGUUCCAUUCUACAGCAGCACUACUUGGCGUCUGUGCUGUCUUAUCUCAAGGUGGUUGUAUUGCUAUAUCUCCAAAAUUUUCUGCAAGUAAUUUCUGGAAACAAGCUUAUAUUACCGAGGCGACACAUGUCCAAUAUGUGGGUGAGAUCUGUCGUUAUCUGCUGCACACACCUAUUUCAGAAUAUGAAAAAUUACACAAUGCCAAGGUUGCCUUCGGUAACGGAUUAAGACCAGAUAUAUGGCAACAAUUUAGACUUAGAUUCAACAUUGAUGUUAUUGGGGAAUUUUAUGCAGCAACAGAAGCACCAUUCGCUACUACAAAUUAUCAAUGUGGUACCUUUGGUAUAGGUGCAUGUAGAAACUACGGUACCGUGAUUCAAUGGUUUCUUUCAUUCCAACAAGUGCUAGUGAAAAUGGACCCUGAAGAUGACUCUGUAGUCUAUAGAAAUAAAAAGGGCUAUUGUGAGGAACCAGCUGUCAAUGAACCAGGUGAAAUGAUGAUGAGAAUAUUUUUCCCAAGAAAACCAGAGACCUCAUUCCAAGGUUAUUUAGGUAAUGAACGUGAAACAAAGUCUAAAGUUGUUAGAAAUGUCUUUAGGAAUGGUGAUGCUUGGUAUAGAUGUGGUGAUUUAUUGAAAGCAGAUGAAUUCGGUAUGUGGUAUUUCUUAGACAGAAUGGGGGAUACUUUCAGAUGGAAAUCUGAAAAUGUUUCCACUACCGAAGUGGAAGAUCAAGUGAGUUGUAGUAACGAAUCAAUGAUCACUCAAGUCGUUGUUGUAGGUAUUAAGGUUCCUGGUUACGAAGGCCGUGCAGGGUUUGCUAUCAUUAAACUUAACAACCAGAUCGAAAACAUUCCAGAUCAUGAAAUUAUAAACUUACUCAAUGCCAUGGUAUACCACCUCAAUAAAUCUUUACCCAAAUAUGCCAUGCCAUUAUUUGUGAAAUUUGUUAACGAGAUUACAAUGACAGACAACCACAAAAUUCCAAAGAAACUUUAUAGAGAUCAAAAAUUACCAUCCGGUGUUGAUGGUCUGGACCAAAUAUACUGGCUAAAGAAUUAUAAAGAAUACACACUACUUACUGAUAGUGAUUGGGAAGAUAUUAAGAACCAAACUGUUAAAUUAUAA